GCUGUAGUCCCUCGUCACUUGACACCGGGUAGGCUGCGGCUCCGCGGAGCAAACAUGGACGUCACAUGUGAUAGAAUGACCUAAACAUGGUCGUCGCAGUGUUCAGCGGGAAACAGCAGCAGUUACGACAAGGUACGACUCACCUGCUCACACCGACACCGUCUUUCUGUGUCCCCGGCACCGUCACGUCUGUCAGCCGGGCCGCGCCCCCCCUUACCCUACUCCCGGUUAGCUAGCUAACACCGGGAAGCGUUAGCAACAACAGACGGACCGUUUAACGGGAACCACUGGAGCGCCCAUUAUCGGACACGCCUCCGGUGCGCUUCGUUCGUUUUUCUCGCCGACAUCUCCGAGCCUCAGCCCCCGCCGAGGUGAGCACGACACACGGAGGAGGUGCACUGGACAUCCAGCCGCUUCUGCUGUAUGCGUACGAGUGACAACGUACUCGUAUUUCUUUUCGUCGCGUUAUUGUCCUGAAAAAAAGACGUUGCGUGUCAACAUAAAUGCGCGACCCCCCACCGCCCCCCCCCCAAAAAAACAACAACUAACGCAUAAAAACGUAACAGGACGUCAGCAGCAAGUACAGUGCACGGUCCGAUAAUGGAACCCGUCUCCCCCGACUCUUGAUUUAGCGGGGUGGGCAGCCUCCACUGUCUGUCACGCGACCACACUGACGCAGCAGGCGCGAGGAGGACACGCACGUCGCCUGGACACUUGGACAGUGGGACAAGCACCGGACGGUUUUUUUGUGUGUUUGUUUUUUUUUUAUUAUUAUUACCGAAGCCGCGAGCGGUGCCGCGGGGGUGAAAGGAAUAAACGCUUGUCCGAUAAUGGAACCCGCUGUAGCUGGAAGGUGGCCCGAGGUUUAAAUCUCCCAACAGCAGCUGCUCUUCUGUCUGUCUACGGUAAGACAGUGGAGGGUAGUCAGGCGACGGCAUGACAGAGGAGAAAUGUCCCCAGCUGGUGGACUACUUUGUAGUGGCCGGUCUGGACCCCGGGGGCCAGUGGAGGCCCCUGGAUGACGAUGGAAAAGCCUCGUCCUCGUCUUCCUCCUCAUCCCCGUCCUCAUCGUCCUCAGGCUCGGCGGGCCGGGCGGUGGAGCCGGUCACGGACCUGGUGGUCAUCGCCAAGGGGCUCGGGGAGGAAGUGCCGGAGGGCUUCACGUGCAUCGAGAAGACGCUCGGCGGACACUCGGCCGAGCUGAGCGCCGGCCUCAUCAACAACCCGCAUCUUUACCUGUGCUACCGCCGGGGACGAGACAAACCGCCCGUCCUGGACCUCGGGGUUCUGUAUGAAGGGAAGGAGAAGCUGAAGCAGAGCUGGUACGUCAUCGAGACAACGCCCUACAGCCGAUCGGCCAGCCUGAGCGCCGGUGGCGGCCCGACCGCUCACCGGGUGUUCCUGACGUAUCGCCGGGCUCUGGACUCACAGGGCCUCCACACGCUGGGCGUCACCGACAUCUCCCUGCUGCUGCCCAGCAAGGGGGAGGUGGCGCCGCACACUUUCUCUCGCGUCGAAAAGAACCUAAACACCGGCAUGUGGGGUCCAGGCCUGUACCUGUGCUACAAGAGAGCAGUGGCCAAAGCCAACGCGCUGGUCUACGAAGCCAGUCUGAUCAGCCGUUACCCUGAGGAGGACCUGGAGGCGUUCCCUCUGCCAGAGUCCGUUCCAGUCUUCUGUUUGCCGAUGGGCGUCACUGUGGAGAGCUGGCCUCUGAACACAAAGUACCAGCUGCCCGUCUUCUCCACCUUCGUCCUCACGUCCGCCUCCGGGGACAAGGUUUACGGUGCCGCCAUCCAGUUCUAUGAGUCCUUCCAGAGGGAGCUGCUGUCGGAGCGACAGAGCGUGAGGCUGGGUCUGCUCAGUGUGGUGGACCGGCGGCCCAUCACCAGCCGCAGCCUGCAGGUGAAGAAGAGCAUCUGUGUGCUGUCACACUGGCCCUUCUUCAACGUCUUCCAGAAGUUUCUCACCUUCAUCUAUAGAUACUCCAUCUCUGGACCUCACGUGCUGCCACUAGAGAAACACAUAUCCAGCUUCAUGCACAACGUCCCGUUUCCUUCUCCCCAGCGUCCUCGCAUCCUUGUUCAGCUGUCUCCGUAUGACAACCUGCUGCUGUGUCAGCCGGUCUCCUCUCCACUGCCACUCAGUGGUGCGAGCUACCUGAAGCUGCUACAGAACCUCGGUCCAGAAAACGCCUGCACGCUGCUGCUCGCCGUCCUCACCGAACACAAACUGCUGCUGCACUCGCUACGGCCCGACGUCCUCACGUCUGUCAGCGAGGCGCUCAUCUCUGUGAGUUUCCCGCUGCGCUGGCUCUGUCCGUACAUCCCUCUGUGUCCACUGCAGAUGGCCGACGUGCUGCUGGCGCCGAUGCCUUUCGUCGUUGGCGUCCACUCCAGCUACUUUGACCUGUACGACCCCCCCGCAGACGUGGUGUGUGUCGACCUGGACACCAACACCAUCUUCCAGUCGGAUGAAAAGAAGCCGUUGUCAUGGCGAUCAUUGCCCAGGAGGCCCGGCAAGGCGCUGUUCAACACUCUCACCAGCCUCCACAAGACCCUGGAGAAGAUUUGCACACCUGGCCAGGAGGAGGCGACACUGGAGUUCCUGCUCACCGACUACGACCAGAUCUACCGGCGUCAGAAGCAGCUGGAGCUGGAGAUCCAGGAGGGCUUUCUGCGUUUCAUGAGCUGCCUGCUGCGAGGAUACCGCUCCUUCCUGCUGCCCAUUACGCAGGCACCGUCCGACACCACCACUGACUGCAGUUCCCUCUUCAACCUGCAGGGUUUCCUGAAAUCUCGCGAUCGGACGCAGCAGAAGUUUUACAACCAGCUGACGAGAACCCAGAUGUUCACUCAGUUCGUCGAGGAGUGCUCCUUCGUCAGCGACCGCCACGCCUGCCUCGAGUUCUUCGACGAGUGCGUCCAGAAGGUGGACGUGGAGAAGCCGGAGGAGGUGAGGUUGAUCGAUCUGGACGAGACUCACAGCGGAGAACACACCGUCUUCAUCAUGCCCCCAGAGGAGCCGCAGGAAGCGGACGGCUCAGAGUGUCCCGCCCUCUACAGCUAUGAGACGUUCCCCGCUCUGAGGCCCGAGCUCUUUGACCAGCCGCAGGACCAGCUCCGCCCCCCGGCCAAAGGCAGCGCCCCCAGUAGCCCUGCCCCUCGACGCACCAAACAGGAGAUCAAGUUGGCGCAGAAGCGAGCGCAGAAGUACGCGUCCGUGCCGGACAUGUGGUCCAAGUGUCUGCUGGGUCACUGUUACGGCCUCUGGUUCAUCUACCUGCCCACGUUUGUGCGCGCCGAGAGCGCCAAGGUCCGCACCCUGCACACGGCCUACGACGUCCUCAAACACAUGGAGAACAGGAAGGUGGUGCUGCCGGACGAGGUGUGUUACCGGAUCCUGAUGCAGCUGUGCGGUCAGUACGGGCAGCCGGUCCUCGCUGUUCGAGUCCUGCUGGAGAUGAAGAAGGCGGGAAUCACGCCCAACACCAUCACCUACGGCUACUACAACAAGGCGGUGCUGGAGAGCAAGUGGCCCUCGACCAAUCAGGGCGGGCGUCUCCGCUGGGCCAAGCUGAGGAACGUCCUGCUCGCUGUGGCCCAGUUCAGACGGCCGUUAAAGCGGAAGAAGAGCGGCUCGGUGGGAUCUCGAGGAGAAGCUAUGACAGAACCUGACCAGAGGCUCCACCCCCAGUCCACUCUGAUUCGUCAGUCCAGCUGGAGCGGUCUGUCUGAAAGCUCCAGUCACGAGUCCCUGACCGGUCCACUGGUGAAGAGCAACAGUCUGAGCAGCAUGAAGACGUCGUCUGACAAGGUGAAACUCUUUAAGAAGACGAUGCUUCGUAACGCCGGGACAGACAGCUGCGGGGAAGCUGUCUCCCGUAAGCCGCCGCUGGGUCCCAGAGACGCAUCGGCCACGCCUCCAGCGCCCCCUGUUGGUGGUGGUGGUGGUGUCCUGGUGAAGCGGAGUCAGGUUUGCCUCUCCAACUUUUACAAAGAGUGUGCAGAGUCUGCUGGCUCGGAGCCGGACUGCAGCUGUCAGCCUGCGGAGAGAGACGGACGGCCUGUGGGUGUGCGUGACACGGCCGGAAGAAACAAGGUUGUAGAUGAGAACUACAACAACGUGUCUUCCCCGAGCAGAGGUUUGGCCGGGAAACUGCAGCAGCUCCUCACUCCGACCAGACAACGAGUGUCGGUGCGACGAGCCGCCAGCGUGGACGACCGGCGGCCGGGAGGAGGAGGAGGAGGAGGAGGAGGCGUCGGACGAAGAGUGUCUGAGCAGAGACAGUCGAGGAAAGCUCAGGUGGCUGAAACUCUGCUGAAGGCCAAAGAUCGACUGGUCAACGCCACGUCAGAGAGUUCAUUGUCUGUAGGAAGUGACCUCGACUUGACGGACACGCCCACUUCUGCGUUUCCUCUGCGCAGGUCCUGGGACGCUAAUCAGGAGGCGGCAGGACUCGAGGUGUUGAUAUCCAGCUGCUCUCUGUGUCGCAGCUGUAACUCGUUGGUCUAUGACGAGGAGAUCAUGGCCGGCUGGACGUCGGACGACUCUAACCUGAACUCGUCGUGUCCGUUCUGCGGCGCCUCCUUCGUGCCCUUCCUGAACGCUGAGGUCUGUGACCUCGGGCCGGUCAGCAGUGCAGAGCGGAAUAACUGGAACGUGGAGGAUGACAUGGAGAGCGCGGUGAGGCCCCCCAGUGUUCAGGAGGCGUCACUGCGUCAGUGUAACGGCGUCAGCGAAGACUCCAGCUCUGAGACCAGCAGCUACUCUGAGAACAGCAGAACCACCACGGGCUCGUCAGCGGGCGGGGCUCCUCAGGUGACAGUCGCGUACCUGAGCCCCCUGGUGGUGAGGAAGGAGCUGGAGAGUCUCCUGGAGAACGAGGGCGAGGGGGUGCUGGCUCAGCCUCAGUUCCUCGACAACCACUCCAUCAUCUUCUGGAACCUGGUGUGGUACUUCCAGCGCCUCGGCCUCCCCAGUAACCUGCUGCAGCUGGUCCGAGCCUCGCCGCUCGUCAGCCACUUCACCCAGUCGGAGAGCUCGGCGGUGAGGGUGAGGCUGCUGUGGGACACCCUGUCCCCCGACACAGACCAGUGGCCUCCUCUCUACGUCCUCUGGAGGAUCCACAGUGGCGUCCCGAUGAGAAUCUACAGCUGGCGGAGACACAACCACCCGUUCACGUUGUCCUUCCUGGAGGAGGUGCUGCGCUGGGUUGGUAUGAACGAGGUGCACAAGGCCGUCACGCUCUUCCUGGACACGCUGGACAAACAGCCGGGGUCACCUCGAAUACAGAGGAGUUUGUACAGAGAGUUCCUCUUCCUCACGCUGGCUGCGAUGGGCAAAGAUCACGUUGCUGCGUUCGAUAAGAAGUAUAAGGCGGCGUACUCGCGCCUCAGCAGCACGCUCAGCCGUGACGAGCUGCGGAACAAGAGAGUGCAGCCUCUGAGCGCCAAAGCCGUCGACUGCAGACGAAGCUUCCACCCGCCGCUCGAGUGCUGACGACCUUCCCCGCUGAACCCCCGGGAUCCCCCGCUGCCCUCGUGCCUGCUCGUGUUCUCCGCCUCUCUGCUGCCCCCGGUGGACGUCACAGGACUGCGCUGCCUCUCCCCUCCUCCUCGAGCGUUGCGUCAUGCGUCGUCUGAAGGAAAGAGCAGAUGUUCGCAGAUGUUCGUGCAUGUUGGAUCCGAUCAGUUUUGUUGGUGUUUUCCUCUAUCGUAAAAAAAAAACGGACGAUAAAAACCGUGACGUGAAAGUCUCUGCGGGAAUUUGUUGUCGUCCGAAAAUUCUCCGAGGACAAAAACUUGUGAUGGCGCUCGACUCGCCUCUUGUUGUUGCCGGCUGUCGUGCUGUCUCCUUGUGUAAAGUCUGUACAGCAAAACAAAACAAUGUAGAUAAAUAUUAUUUAUGGACUCAAUUAUUACGCGACAACGCGGAGAAAAACAUAACGGUUAUAUAACGUUUUUAUCACGUUGUGGUUUUUUUAUUGUUAUUAUUUUAUCUCCUGACGUGAUUUAAAGGGACGACGAUGCCUGAGGAAAAGUUCGGAGAGAAAAAUAAGAUGUUAAUAAGAUUUGACACAAAUGUAGACGCGCAAAAAUUUAGCAAUCACAAAUCGUUUCAUUCUCAACGUUAAAGAAAAAAACGGCCGUUGAAUAUUGAUCGAUUUUUGUCGCGUCAUCUGCCCCGCCCCCUCUCACUCUCGUUUACUUUCUGAUUUAUUUCUGAUACAUCGGGAUGUCAGAACAAACUCACUCCUGAUAAAUUUCACGCACAUUUUUUUUACUGAAGUGCGAUUUCUGACACAAAAACGUGCGUAUAUUUGCGUUGACUUCGUAUGCGAUGUUUACAUUUUCAGUCAUACGUUUUCAUUCUUGCGUAACUGCAAACCUCUGGAAACAAAAUAACGAUAAAUAACAAAAAGCGAGAUCACAAUUUUAUCCUUUUUUUACUUUACGAUUUCUGCAGAUUAAAGCUACCAUCUGUGAUGUCAUCUUUUGGCGAACCUCCUGUUAGCCUGUUCUCCCCUACGUCACCACAUCAUGAAAGCCUCUGGUAAAGGGGGCCGGGAUAACCUCACAAGCAGUUAGCCCUGCCUCCAUAUGGAGUUCUGGCACAUGAUUGGAUUUUAGCAACGGCAUCUUUAAUGUUCCCCAAACUGCUGAGUCACUAAUUUGCGACAAACUUGUUUUUUUUAAGAACAACAAUAUUCUGGCAAUAAAUAACUUUGAUCAAAUAAAACUAUGCAACAGUUAAAUUAGAAUAAAUAUUGUUAAUACUGUAAAUAGGCAAAACAAUACAUUAAAUAAAAACUUUACUUAAUUGCAUUUGCUAACUAGCAUAGAAAAAUUUCCAAAUUUAGCGCCCCACUCGCAUAACACAUACUCCUGGUUAAGCCCCUACUGUUUUGCAGUGACACAGCAAAGUGAUUUUUUUUUUACGUAUAACGUGUCUUCGCCUCAAAUCUUGACGUCUCAAUAAAGCUGCAUGAUUUUAAAUUCUGCCACCAGAGGGCGGUGAAAACACGAUUUUUAAAAGGGACAUUCUGGCAUUUUCAAAAGUCGCUUUCGUGUUUGAACUCCAAUGUUUUUUUCCAUUUGUCGCACACAGAGAAGACGAAUCGUCCCGUAACUGAUCGUCGCCAUUGUCAUCGCAGCCAUCGAUCGGAUUAUAAAUUACUUUAUUACGACAUAAAUGAGCAGCAGGUGUCGAAGGGUGGCGAUUCCUGUGGCAGCCGCGAGCACUGGAAACUGGCUUAACAUCAAAAUAUCGACACGGGUUGAAGACGUUUACACAGUUUUUGUUUCACUGCAGUCAAAGCGUCACAAAAAAUCUGUGUUAAAGGGAACAUUCAGGUUUUUUCAAGUGUGGUUGUGUGAGACACGGACAUUGCUGACAGCGAAGACACAAGAAAAAGAAUGUUUGAGUCAAUAUUUGCCACUUAAAUGACUGUUAAACUUAUUCCAUAAGAAAACUGAAGUUAUUGUUGCUUGCACCAAACCCCAUAGAGAAAAGGAGUGAUUUAACAUCACUGCACACAGGAGUGCCUGAUCCACUUCUGCCUGCAUUUCUACCUUCAAAUGUGUCACUUUUUCACUUCAGUGUUUGAAAUCCUUUUGGUUUUGUUUUAGUAAUUUGUUUUUCAGUGACACAAAUUCACCACACGAGGCAGCAGUGGAUCAGCAGCUCCUGUGUCCCUGUGAGCUAAAAUCACUAAUUUACUUUGGUGUGGGAGAGUGAGAGGGUUUACAAACUUGAAAAAGUCUGUCUUAACAGCAAAAUAACACAGUGAACAUGUUCUUAAAAUGCCGUGGACUUAAAGCAAGCUUAAAGAGUGUGUUUUAAGUGACUAAAAAUCUAUUUUUUCCUUGUGCCUCUGAUGUUUUUUGAGCAUCUGUGUCUCUAGCUGGUUGCCAACAAACCGGUGCUGAGUUUGCGUCAGUGCCUCCGACAACCACACAAAAAAAUCAAAGCUGUCCUUUUUAACACUGUGGACUGAAGCUGACUUUAAGGGAAAUGGACGUGGAUGUUUUAUUGUUUGAAUGGUGACAGUUGGUACAGAGCAGAGGAGUGUAUUUAAACUAAAUAAUUGUGUUUUGCUGUUGUAAUUUAUAAAUGGCUGUGUAAAUGUUUUUGUUUUGUUUGGAGGAUUUUUUUUGUAAGAAAAGACAAAAAUAAAAGAUGGUGAUGAGCCAGAA